AUGGGUAUCACGGAGACUUCCUUGCCGAAGGCGUUUAUGGCUGGCACCCAAUUAAGUAGAACGAUAAAUACAAAAUAUAUAUUGGCCACGCGGCGGAACUGCUCGAGGAAAUUGCGAGGUAGGAAGCUCAGCAUCGUAUACUUUGUCGAUGCUGACUCGGCGGUGUUUUGGGCGGCACUAGAUGAUUCGGUACUAUUGUCCUUAAGCGAGGUUCCUCUGGCAACGGACCAAAACAUCGUGCCCAGAGCCUUCUCCACCAUGGAGGUUCAACGCUACGUCUUAUCGUGUAUAUCGAUUCUGAUCUACGAAAGAAAGAAAGAAAAGAGUCAACAGAGUAACAGAUUAAACGUGAGAAGACAGUAUAAAUGAUGUUGAAUUUCAUGUUUUAGAUCUUUCACCCAAAAGAAGCAGGCCAAAACUAUACGAAAAUAUCCAUCUAGUUCCAUUAUACAUCACCACUAGAGCAAUAACAGAAGAAAAAUAUAAAGAUAUUAAUCCAACCCACCAAUUUAUCCAGAAAUAUUUCAAAUCGCUCAAGGCUCGAAGGAUGAGAAGAAAAUCAGAAAUGAUGAAAAUUAAUUACCUAGAAACAUAA